AUGGCCGUCAUACACGUUGUCCUCUUCAAAUUCAAGCCGUCUGUCUCGGACGAGCAUCGAGCCUCGUUCGCAAGGGAACUCUCGACCCUGCGUGAGCUGCCCUGCGUCCUCAACAGACAGUUGUACGUCGGCGGGACUUCUGUCACCGAUCCUAUCGAGAAGAGCAAGGGCUUCCAGAUGGCCCUUGUCAGCGUGCAUCAGGAUCUGGCGGCGCUGACAACGUACCAGGCCAGCAAGGAGCACGAGAGGGUGACUAGCACGUGGCUGUGGCCUUUCAAGGAGGAUGUGACGAGAUUCGAUUUUGCAGUCGACCAAGAUGUCGCUGGACUGGUUGCAGAGAAGAUGGCAAGCCCAAAACAAAGAGAUUGA